UGCCGCACCAGCUGCCUCGAGCCCUGAGCGGAGCCAUGAGUUGGACCUGCCCACGUUGCCAGCAACCCGUUUUCUUCGCAGAGAAGGUGAGCUCCCUGGGCAAGAACUGGCACCGCUUCUGCCUGAAAUGUGAGCACUGCAAUAGUGUCCUGUCCCCAGGAGGGCAUGCAGAGCACAAUGGGAGGCCAUAUUGCCACAAGCCAUGCUAUGGGGUUCUCUUCGGACCCAGGGGGGUGAACAUUGGUGGUGUGGGCUCCUACCUCUACAACUCUCCCAUUCCUACCCCUGCCAACACCACUCCCCUCAACCCCAGCAGCUUCAGCCCCCCAAGGCCCAGGACUGGCCUCCCCCGAGGCAAGAAAAGCCCUUCCCAUGUGAAGACGUUCACCGGGGAGACCUCGCUGUGCCCCGGCUGUGAGGAACCUGUCUAUUUUGCUGAGAAGGUGAUGUCUUUGGGCAGAAAUUGGCACCGACCCUGUUUGAGGUGCCAGCGCUGCCGGAAGACCCUGACUGCUGGGAGUCAUGCUGAGCAUGACGGCGUCCCCUACUGCCACAUCCCCUGCUACGGCUACCUGUUUGGCCCCAAAGGUGUGAAUAUUGGUGAUGUGGGCUGCUACAUCUAUGACCCUGUGGAGAUAAAAUCCAAAUAAGAUGCUUACAGAAGAAAUCAUCCUAACUUGGA